AUAUAGACUUCUCAUUGUGUUUUCCAGUAACAUAUGGUCUACAGAAGGAAUCUGAUCCGAGGGCUGGGGAUCCUCAAUGGACUCCUGUUCCCUACAAACUCAUAAAAGAGCUAAAAAUGGCAUGUUCAGCUUAUGGAGUCAGUGCUCCUUAUACCUUAGCAUUAGUGGAUUCUCUUACAGACUAUUGGAUGACUCCUUUUGAUUAGACUCAGAUAGCUAAGAGUUGUCUUUCUGGUGGUCAAUACUUGUUAUGGAAAGCAGAAUAGAAAGAGCAAAUCAAACUUUAAAAACAUUUAUAUCUAGAUUGCAAGCCUCUGACUUCAAGUAUAACUCUCCUCACCACAUUCUUACUCAUGCUCUAUUUGUUCUUAAUUAUGUUAAUCUAGGACAUGAUGAUCUUAAUAAUAUGCAACGACACUGGGAACCAAGAAAUACUGUCAAACCUACAGUAAUGUGGAAAGACCUUUUAUCUGGUAAAUGGAAAGGGCCUGACAUUUUGCUUACUUCUGGCAGGGGAUAUGCUUGUGUCUUUCCUAAGGAAGCUGAUUCUCCACUUUGGUUACCAGAUAGGCAUAUUAAAUAUGUAAAUUCCUUUCCCAGUAAAGUACCUGUAACCACUAGAAAUGAACAAGAGCAGGAAACGGCGCAAUUGUGACGAACCUCCUGUUGCAGAAUUUAAAAGGCUCUCACUGGAAAAACCUGAUCCUUUUCGCCUCAAGACAGCGGCCACCUUGGCUGCUCCCCCUCCAACAUGGGGACAGCUUAAGAAGUUGGCUGCUCAAGCUAAACACUUGGUUUUAAGCCAAGGCUGCACACUCAGUCCUUCUGUUUUGUUCGUUGCUAUGCUAUCAAUCCUCGCGUGUCAAGUAAGUACCUGUAGUGCAGAACAAUUCUGGGCUUUCUUUCCUAAUCCUCCUCACUUUCAUCCAGUAACCUGGGAUGAUAAUACUACACAUUUUAUUGUUAAUAAUACUGCUAUUAUGGAAGGUCCAAAAAUCGUAUACUCUGAUUCUCAUACUACUCCAACUAUUAAUUAUAAUUAUACCUACUUGGGAACUUCGCCUUCUAUGCCUAUUUGUUUUUCUAUCCCUACUGUUUGGCCAUACUCCCAAAACUUUCCACAAUGUGUCGGACUUCAAACCACAGGUAUAAUUUUUGACCAUCCACCACCAUCUAAAUUUGAAUCAUCAUCUACGAGAGGUAAGCAAAGUCAAUCGGAAGAGAGGCAUUUACAAAUGGUUCGCCUUAUAGCACCGGGGAUUGAAGCAACUCCGUCUUCUUCAAAGUCCUCGCCCGAAGUCUCCAAAAGCUAACUGCUAAAGUUCAACUGCUUGCUUUAAAAAAUAAAAAAGGGGGAAAUGAAGGAACCAGCCGAAUGAAGUCUCAUUCUGCGCUGUCAUGAGGACAAAGGUCCUCUCUCGACCAGCCGAAUGAAGUCUCAUUCUGCGCUGCCAUGAGGACAAAGGUCCUCUCUCGGGAAUCACUGCAAGGCAGUGACCCGUCGCCAAACCGCCUGCUGCUAGUUUUGCUUUUACUCUCUAUUCUCCUUUUCACCUAUGGGGAAGCCUGGAAACUGGAGACAUAUGUAAAAUAUUUACUAGAUCCUAAUGAUAGGAUGUGUAUGUGUAGUGAUUGGGGUCCUUAUACUAAUUAUGGGAUGAGGGGACUUUGCCAGAGGAAAUUGAAAGGGGGUUUUCAAUCACCUUGUAUUGGGUUCAUUUAUAAUCAGAAAUAUUAUUCUGUGAGUCAUCUUACUAGUACUAGAUAUACUGCUUGGAAAGUUCCUUGGAAAUUAGUCAAAGAUAUGUUUGGAUGUUGCCCCUGGCAAUGUAUUGUGUUCUAAGUUUAUGACUAAUCCUAAAGGUUGCCAUUGUGAAGUGUACAAUGGAUUAGAAGACAACCUGUACCCUAAUAUGAACACAACAACAUUGUAAAGCUUCUUAGAAAAGUUAUCAUGACCCUGAGAACCUGGUGAACCUUACACGAGAAUUGUAAUAAGAUAAAUGACCCUGUUUGUGACAUUGUUAAAGAUUUCUUUUCAUUGUAUCCACCUUAUGUAAAUUGAGGAAAUAACCUUUGCGGAACUUUCUGUGAACUUUGUACCUUCUCCUUUCCCUGCUAAUAAUCAUGUUAUAUAAUCAUGUGAGACUAUAUAUGUUGGUGCACACAUGCCUGCUUGAUGCCUAUCAUGUAGAAUUAGUUAUCCCCCACCUGUUAAGACUCCGGUCCCCAAGUGAUAAAUAACUCCUUCGCUACCUACAAUAAAAGCUGAUGUGCAGAAA